CUCGCAAUACAUUUUAAAUGUUAGCAUUAUACUUAUCACAUUUCCUCUUUUAAACAAUUUUCUAAUUCGAUAUCCCAAAAAAUCACAUUAAUUUUGUUAAAUUUUGAAAAGGAACAAGAAAUAUUAGAUUUUCGAUUGAAAUAUUAAGGUUCAUCUUUGACAGCACGGUGUUGUCCAUGUGUAAUUCCGUAGAGCGAAAAAAUGAUCAAUAAAAUUGCUGUCUGCAUGCACCAAACUUUACUACUUUUCACGUAUCCUUGACAUCAAUUUUGAUUCUAUUGUCACACGAAUUAUUCAAUUAUCAUAAGAAUUAAAGAACUAAUAAGCAAUUAAGAAUUCUCCAUUCGCGAGUGUAUGUGAUAAAAAUCGAAACGAUGUUCAUUUUGUACCUUUGAGGAAAUAAAUAUCGACCAAAGAAAAAGUAGUAAAGAAAUAUGUUCAGUUCCAAUCCACAAUCGACUCGAUUGAAAAGCCAAGAAUUUGGGACCAAUCAAUGUAUAACCUUAAAACUCGAGAGUUUGAAAAGUUGAAUUAAAUCUGGCUUUUUCAAAAUGACCUUUCUCAAAAUUUAAAUUUUACUCCUAUAUGAAAAAAUGGAACCAGAAGAAAUCGUUCACAAGAAAUCUGUUGGAGAAUAUAUACAAUUAAUACCAGAACGAAUUUCGCAAUCCGUUGAAUACUUUUUCUAUUACCUGGGUCUGAAAAUCACUCGACAUCCUAAAAGAUGGAUAAUCGGCUCUCUAUUUGGAGUUGCACUUUGUCUCGUAGGUCUUUAUCGAUUCAGACAGGAAAAGAAUCCCCUAAAAUUAUGGGUUCCACCAGAUUCAGAUUUUCUUCGAGACACAGAAUGGCUCAUAUCUCAAUUUGGAGAAGCUCAACGUCUCGAAACAUUUAUAUUGACUGGGGAUGAUAUACUAACUGCAAAUGCUCUUUACGAGCUAAAUGAAAUAACAAAACGCAUCAUAGCUGCUCAAUCAGAAGAUGAUCCUAAAGUUGCCUGGACAGACGUCUGCUUCAAAGUUCCAAUCAUAACAAAAGUCAAUACUAGAGAAAAAAGAGACAUCGGGGACUUAGACGAUGAUUUUUUCGACGAGGAGCCUGCAGUACGGAUGAACAAAACAGGAUUUGAACCGAGUGUCCACGCCUCUUCAAAAACCUACUGCUCGAUUUUCAAUAGUUUCCAAAAGGGUUGUCUUUUCUUCAGCAUUCUCGAUAUUUGGGACUUUGAUUCCCACCUAAUUAGAACGCAAUCCAAGGAAGAUAUAAUUAAAAAACUAAACUCGACUCUGCUGAGUCCUACAUUAGGACAUCCGAUGAAUUACAGUCAACUUUUGGGAGGAGUAACGAGGGAUGCAUCAGGAAGAAUAAUUUCUGCAAGUGCUGUAAAAACGGAAUUUAUGGUUCAUGUGAAUUUUUCUAAUAUCAACAUGGAGGAGAUGGGCAACGAUGCUGGAACAGCCGACUGGGCAACAAAAGACGUUCUGAGUUGGGAAUUCGCCUUUCUGAAAAACCUAGAGCAAAGUAAGGAAUUUCUAAAGUCUCGAGAAUUCGAUAAUCAGACUCUGAAUCUCUGGUAUGAAGCUGGAAGAAGUUUCGGGGAUAUAAGUGCCUCAACUAUGUUUCAAGAUGUGGACAAAUUAAGUAUAGGAAUUAUUUUGAUGUUCUUUUAUGUUCAGAUGGUACUUUCCAACUUCAAUUGGGUCGAGUGGCGAUUUGGUUUAUCCCUCAUUGCUCUGCUAUGCAUUGGCGCUGCUUUUCUAGCUGCGAUAGGAAUUUGCUCUCUCUUUGGAGUUCCUUACGGCCCGGUCCAUAGUUCUUUGCCAUUUAUGCUGAUGGGCCUUGGAGUCGACGAUACUUUUGUGAUGGCCGCUUCCUGGGAGCAAGUGCUCUCUGAAAAAUCAAAUCGUCUAAGACCUUUGCCAGAAAAGGUCGCUUUAAUGUUGAGCCAUGCUGGAUCUGCCAUUUCCAUCACUUCUCUCACUGAUGUUGUUGCUUUCAUCAUUGGUACAUCCACUAUUCUACCUUGCCUCCAAUCAUUCUGCAUAUACGCAUCAGUUGGAGUUCUCGUAACUUUUUUGCUUCAAGUGACAAUUUUCGUCGCGUUCUUCAUGAUGGAUGCUAGACGAAUAGAAGAAAAAAGAAACGGCGCAAUUCACUGUAUCGUGCAUUCAAAUUACCAAGCACCCGAAAUGGGUUCGAAAAAUUCAAUAUCCUGGAAUUUCAUAGACAGACUCUAUUCCAAAUUUGUCCUGACUCGACCCGGUAAGAUCAUUAUUCUCGCUAUCACAAUAGCUGUUGCGAGUUUCGGUGGUCUGGGAUCUUAUCAAUUGGAACAGUGGUUUGAUCCGGUAUGGUUCCUGCCGAAAGACACUUAUCUCAGCGAUUAUCUGGCUGUUCGCAGCAAAGAAUUUCCUGAGCGAGGACAACCUGCUUAUGUCUUCUUAUCAGAAAUUGAUAUUCCCGCGAACUUUCCAAGGAUACUUGAUCUCGUUGAUGACUUGAGAAACCUGACGUACAUAGAGAGCGUCAACUCCUGGCCUCAUGACUUUGCAGAUUUUGUCAAUGUUUAUUACGAGAAAGAUAUGAAAACGAGACUAAUCGACUCAGACAAAUUUUACUUCUACCUCUCCAAGUUCCUCUUCAGCCAAAGAGGAGGGAAGUUCCAAGGGAACUUCCGAUUUGCUGGGAAUUUAAUUUGCGGGAAAAACACUCCCAGAAUUCUUAUUGCAAGUAUAGAUUUUUCAUUUAUGAAAUUUUUGACACCUUACGAAUGGAUUCCAGCUAUGGACGAGAGUAAGAGAAUCGUCUCGGAAGUAAAGAUUGCUGGUUUCAAGACUGUUUGGAGUAAAAUGUUCGCAUCCUGGGUCACUGACAAGGUUAUUGCUCAAGAAGUGACGAGAAAUAUUCUCCUGGCUUUAAUUUGCGUCAUGGGAAUGACGACUUUAUUAAUUGCUGAGCUCCAGACCUGCUUUUGGAUUCUUCUUUGCGUUUUGCUGACCCUCUUGGAUGUUUGUGGAUUUAUGUUCUAUUGGGGAUUGACGAUAGAUAUCGUUUCAUGCAUAGGUUUAGAAUUAGCCGUUGGAUUAAGUGUCGAUUAUGCAGCUCACGUUGCUCACGCAUUUCUGAUGGCCAGAUCAGAAGACAAAAAAUUAAAUAGAAAAUCCAGAGUUUUGACUGCUGUUCGACACAUCGGCGCUGCAGUGACUUAUGGCGCAGGCUCGACUUUACUGGCACUUUCUUUACUCAUUUUCUCAAAAGCUUACGUAUUUCGAGCCUUUUUUAAAAUAUUUCUUCUAGUGAUAGUGUUUGGACUGUGGCAUGGUUUGCUACUUCUGCCAGUGGUUUUAAGCACUGUCGGUCCACGAAGUCUUCACCGGGAGGUGAAGGUCCAGGAAAAAGAACUCCAGACAUUUAAAAAAUCCACCGAAGAAGCUAGCAUUCCUCUAAACUCUAAAUAAAUUCUAGGAUUCAUCACGAUAUUGUAUAAGGAUUUGAAAGCAAAUCAAACUUUUCUUCGAACGAUAAUAUUUAUGAAUUUUAAAUCAGAGAUUUUUCUUUAUUUCUUGUGUUUCACAUAAAUUAAAAUAAAAUCGAACUUACAAUAAAAUGUAAAAAUCGAAAUAUAAAGCUAAGUAGUAAAAGUACAAGUAAUACAAAAGAAACAACAAACUAAAGCAUUCAAAGUGGAACUCUUCAGUUUUUAACGUUUAAAAUUCAAGUUUAAAAGUUUUUAUAUAAAAAUAAUUUUCUAUUGAAUUGUU